UCCAUGCAUGCACACAAAACAAAACCACCACAUUUUCAUCUUCCGCCACUAUCACCACCGCCACCACCCCUUUUCACCGUCACUGCCACUGCCUUACUCAACAUGGCCACCGUUACCACACAGGCUUCUGCCGCCAUUUUCCGGCCAUGUGCUUCUAAAUCGAGGUUCCUCACUGGCUCUUCUGGUAAACUCAACAGGGAAGUGGCUAUUAAGCCAAUGGGGUGGACUCCUCCAAUCUCUUUCAAGGUUCAAGCCAAACAAGGAGAGUGGUUACCAGGCUUGGCAUCCCCAGGUUACCUCAACGGCAGUCUUCCCGGUGACAAUGGGUUUGAUCCCCUGGGGCUUGCUGAGGACCCAGAGAACUUGAGGUGGUAUGUUCAAGCUGAGCUUGUCAAUGGACGUUGGGCCAUGUUGGGUGUUGCAGGGAUGUUGCUUCCUGAGGUUUUUAGCAAAAUUGGAAUCAUAAAUGUCCCUAAAUGGUAUGAUGCUGGGAAAGAAGAAUACUUUGCAUCAUCCUCAACCCUCUUUGUGAUUGAGUUCAUUUUGUUCCAUUAUGUGGAAAUCCGAAGAUGGCAGGACAUUAAGAACCCUGGUAGUGUAAACCAAGAUCCCAUCUUUAAGCAAUACAGCUUGCCACCUAAUGAGGUUGGAUACCCUGGUGGCAUUUUUAACCCCUUGAACUUUGCUCCAACUCUUGAAGCCAAAGAGAAGGAAAUUGCCAAUGGGAGAUUGGCGAUGUUGGCAUUCUUGGGAUUUAUAGUUCAGCAUAAUGUGACAGGCAAAGGACCAUUUGACAACCUCUUGCAGCACCUCUCGGAUCCAUGGCACAACACCAUCGUCCAAACACUGAGUGGCAACUAAGUUUGUAUCCAAUUGAAAGCAUGUGUCCUCCUCGUGUAAUCCUCAGUGGAUGAAUUUUGAGAGAGAUUUGGGCAUGAUUGUUAAGAUCCAUCUAUUUUCAUGUACAGAGGAACUAAGAUGGUUUUAUAUUAUUAUUAUUUAUUUAGAUUCAA